AUGGAUAACGAGCUAACAAGUCGACCCGAUUCAAUAAUGGAUACGGAACCAACAACUCUACCCGAUUCAGCAAUGGAUACCAAACCAACAAACCUGCCUGAUUUCCCUUCUACAUCCCAAGAACCCGUCUCUAGGAGGACACGUUCCAGAACAUUAAGUGACAACUCAAAUGCUGUAUGGAAGAGAGAACGUCGUUCAAGAGAAACUUCGCAAGAAUCAGAAUCAAGACUCAGGAUGGAUUGGGAAAGAAAAAAGGAAAAACGAGCUUCAAUGUCAGAAGAGGAAAAGGCUGAGAUGAAAUAUAAAAAAAGAGUAUGGAUGAAGAAAAAAAGAAAUGAAGUAGCAAAAACACACGAUACGUCAUCUGUUGCCAAUCCUAACUACCUUGGAAGCAUGAGAUGUGUGUGCAAGAACUGCAAUGCCAGAUUCUUUCAAGGUAUACAUUUUUUCAAAGUUUAG